AUCUUGUCUCGGGCAUGCGGGGAACUCUGGAAACAGUGUUAAGAGUAUCAAGGCUUGGGUAGACACUUCAAAAGACUAAUUUAGGCAAAGAGUGAUGGUUGAUGUUUGACAGAUCGAGGGCAUCAUACGGGCCCGGGCAUGCCAGGCAAAUCCCCAAAAGCACGUCAUUGUCUUGGCGAGCCUCGUCUAGCGGGCGUCUGCGAGCAUCACUCAACACCAAUGCGAUGACUCCCCACAAUGUGAUCGAGACGCCAGACUUCCUGCGACGCAGGCUCUACUCUUCCCUACGAAUACACAUACGAUAUCGCGAAUAUGGAUACCUAUGGAUCUACCAAUGGAUCGAGGAAGUACAGGACGGUGUCGUCGCAACCCGAGAAUCCGUUCGCCAAACUUAUCCCCGACCAGACGUUUGCCGUCAUACCCCAAGUCGCGCUCGAAUCCGGCGUCGUCUUACACAAUGUCAGCGUUGCCUACAAGACCUACGGUACCCUCGCGCCCAGCGGAGACAAUGCCAUGGUAAUAUGCCAUGCGCUCACGGGAAGCGCUGACGUGGGAGACUGGUGGGGACCGUUGCUAGGUGGGCCUGGGAAGGCUUUCGAUAUAUCGCGCUUCUUCGUGGUCUGUAUGAAUAGUCUCGGCAGUCCCUACGGGAGCGCAAGCCCGGUCACAGCAAAAGACGGCGACGUCUCGCUGGGCCCAUACGGACCUGAGUUUCCACUGACAACCGUAAGAGACGAUGUCAAUAUCUUCAAGCUUCUCUUGGAUGAUCUUGGUGUGAAGCAAGUCGCUGCGGUCAUUGGAGGAUCUAUGGGCGGUAUGCUUGUCCUCGAGUUUGCCUACUUCGGAAAAGACUACGUCAAGACCAUCAUCCCGAUAGCCACUUCCGCUCGCUACAGCGCAUGGGGCAUCAGCUGGGGCGAAGCCCAACGGCAAAGUAUCUACAGCGACCCCAAAUACGACGACGGCUAUUACGCAUAUGAAGAUCCUCCAUCGACCGGGCUUGGAGCCGCACGCAUGUCUGCUUUAUUGACUUACAGAAGCCGCGACUCGUUUGAAUCAAGGUUUGGACGCAACACACCAGACCUAUCCAAGAAACAGAGCAUCAACACUGUACCGCGACCGACCACUCCGUCGAAUCCCUCCCACGAACACUGGGCGAUACACAACCACGGUCACAAGAACGCUGGCUCCCCGCGUCUCAUGUCGCGGACAAACAGUAGUACCGCCAUACCCGGUUCUGCAGCCGCACAUGCCGACCUCGAAUUCCAUGAUGCAUCGGACCCAGCCACUCCGAACCUCGAAAGGUCAAGUUCAACAAGUAGCAACAGUCAAUUCCCGCGCUCAUCGAAGCCUCUAGCGCCGCACUACUUCUCAGCACAGUCCUACCUCCGUUACCAGGCCGACAAGUUCAUCAAGCGUUUUGACGCUAAUUGUUACAUCGCAAUUACAAGAAAGCUGGAUACGCACGAUGUAUCCCGCUACCGCUAUCCUGAAGGCGAGACACCCGACACACUAGAUCCAGUAUCGGCCCUUCAUCAUGCGCUUUCCUUGAUUGAACAGCCUACACUUGUACUAGGUAUACAAUCGGACGGUCUCUUCACAUUUGCCGAACAGAAGGAAUUGGCCGCGUGUAUUCCCAAGGCUACUCUUAAGACCAUCGAUUCUCCAGACGGUCACGACGCCUUCCUCCUGGAAUUUGAGCAGGUAAACAAACACUUACUAGGCUUCCUCAAGACCGAGCUUCCGGAGAUCAUGAAUAAAACACCAAAUGUAGAGACCGCAACAAGCGAUUCUGGUAUGGCUGCCACCAAAACCAGCACGUUUGGUGAGGCUGAGGUCGACGAUAUCACGGCAUGGUAAGAACAAUGGGAGCAUUGAAUUUGGCACGGCGUUCUGGGUUCAGAGGACAACUGCACUAGUCGGCGUACAGAUUUCGGUAUAGGCUUGAAAGAAGGCUGCGUGAUUCUGAUACGCCCUGGAGCGUCUGGAGCUGAGGUUCAACCCCUCGUAGACACCAAGUACUGCAGCAUGAGAGCAGCAACAACAACCCAAUAAUUCUCUCCUCGUAGUUUUCCCGAAUCUUUCAACUCCGUCACAAAAGGCUCGCUCAUGUCCAACUUAUCUCAUGUCUGUACCCCGCCUUGCACGCUAAGCUUUAGUCAUCUCCGCACGUCC